CAGCAGACGGGGGCCGGUGCUGUGCCGAUGUCCGCGGCGCUCCCGUGGGUGCGCCGGGGACAUCGGUGCAGCACCUAUCCCCGGGAAAGGGAGGUAGUGCCCGCCGGUGCCUCCCCUCCCUGCCUGCGGGAAUGAGGAAGCGGCUCCUGCCACCUUCAAACGUCACUCCGCAGCGUAGUUCCCCUGCUGGCACCAUUCACUGGCCCUAUAUCUCCGGGUGCAGGGACUUUGUCCCCAGUUAAGGAGUGGGGGUGCUGGCUCUGGACAUGGCUGGGCAGAGAGGAGGGCUGCCCCUGCUGCUGUUGAGCAUUGCCGUGCUGGACCUCACGCUGGCGACUGCCAUCACAGAUGUGACAGCAACCAUGUCUACGAGUGUCCCUACCUCCCCAACACCUACGGAGACCUCGGCACUGCUGCCCACCACUGACCCCACCACUGCAGCCACUCUCCCUCCCUCCAGCCCUGAAUCCUCUACCCUGGAGAGGUCCAGUACAUUGCUGGGGACCAGCAGUUUCUCAUCAUCCACUAUGCCUCCUGUCACUGCAGCCUCUUCUCCCUCCAGCCCCGAAAUCUCUACCCUGGAGAGGUCCAGCACAUUGCUGGGGACCAGCAGUUUCUCACCAUCCACCAUGCCUACUGUCACUGCAGCCACCCUCCCUCCCUCCAGCCCUGACACCUCCACCACGGGUGCUUUCACAGCAAGCACUGUGCCUCUGAGGAGCAGCAUGGCAGCCUCCAGCAUCACCACACCACAGGUGACUGGUAGCACAUCCCACAGCACCCCUGAUGGCACCUCGGUACUGCCUGAGCCCACCGAAACAGAGCUGGGGCUCACCACCAGCACCCUGACACCAGCUCCCGCGGCUACGACAUCCAGUGGUACUGAUCCGACCAUUGUCACGUCUGUGGGGACCGGUACGACAUCGGCUGUCAUAUCGUUUGGAGUCGAAAAGAGCACACUGUCUCUCUCCACUUCUGAUCCCCUCUCCUCCACCGGAGCGGGCACCACGUUUGGUAUCACCACCCGCCAAGAGCCAGCCGUGGCCACACUGCUUGGCAGCACAUCGCUAGGGACAGGCAGCGCCUCUUUCCCCACCGCAGCAGCAGCACCGACAGUCACUUCAGAUGAGCCCCACUGGACCACGUCGGACACCACGGCCACUGCCGUUACCAGCACGGGGGGCCCCGGGAACACCCCCACCCAACCGGUCGAGCCCACGGCCGGGACCACUGCUGGCAGCUCCGCCGCGGGAGCGCCUGUACCUUGGCCCAGUGCCUUCAGGCACCUCCAACUGCUCUUGUCCCUGACCCUGAGAAGAAGGAAGUUACUCCGGCUAUCAGCGAAGCGCUUCAGCCAUAACAUGCCAUGACAUAGGGAAGUGAUGCCUGUACAGACAGCCCAGGAGACAAACCGUCAGCCUGGAGCACGCCCUUCCUGAGCGCCUCCUGUUUUCUCAGCCAGUUCCUCGCGCUCAGACAAGGCUGUCGUCUCCCAAGGGGCGUUGGUAUCAGGAGCCACCACCGAACAUCACCCCUGUGGUGGAGCACAGGGACGGUCCCAGGCAGCCUGGCUGCUUCCCUGGGCUUUUUUUCUGUUGCCGCUGUCUCCUCAGGAGGCAAGGACGGCACAGUCGCUGGCUGCAGUGGUGGCCCUGCUGGCCUGCCCUGCCUGCUGCUCGUGGCUCCUUUGGGUCCAGCUGUGCAGCUGAUGUCUGCUGGGCAUCGCACCACUCCCUGGGAGUAUCCGUGUCGGGUGGAAACCCCCCCAUUGCUGCCGACACCUAGGGAGUGAAAGAGCCCACCUGAAUGCUCCUCCUCUGCUGGGCAAAGGAGACCAGGAAAUCCCAGUGCUGGGGACAUAGGGAGCUCUUGGACUGGUGCCUGCAGGGUCCCAUCGGCUCCCACCCACCCGGACAUGGCUGGGCAAAGCAGGAGGCCACCCCUGCCCCUGCUGAGCCUUGCCCGCCUCGCCGUGCUGCACCUCAUACUGGCGACUGCCAUCACAGAUGUGACAGCAACCAUGUCUACGAGUGUCCCUACCUCCCCAACACCUACGGAGACCUCGGCACUGCUGCCCACCACUGACCCCACCACUGCAGCCACUCUCCCUCCCUCCAGCCCUGAAUCCUCUACCCUGGAGAGGUCCAGUACAUUGCUGGGGACCAGCAGUUUCUCAUCAUCCACUAUGCCUCCCGUCACCAAACCAGCACCGACAGUCGCUUCAGCUGAGCCCUUGACAACCCUGGCAGACAGCACAGCCAUCCCCUUUACCAGCACGGACAUGUCCAGCAUCAAUCCCACAUCCAGGACUACCCAUGGCAACUCCAACUCACCCUUGGGGUCGACCCCAGGCACAUCAGCAGUAUCUGGGACACUCAGUGCAGCCACAGGCACGGAGUCCUCUUCCCCUGCUGCCAGCUCAACCCAGACCACAGAGGUUGCCCUCAGCACCUCUGCAGACCUGCCAACAAUGCUGCCUGUCUGUCCCACCACCACAUCCAACACCAGUGCGUCCCACCUCUUUCUGUCACUGCGGCUAACUGUCCCCCUGGACCUGGGCAACACCACAGUGCAGGAGCUGCUGUUGUCCAAGCUCCGCGGGGACUUACAGACAGCGUUUCCGUGUGCCGGCCUGGCAGUAGCAUGGCGAGGGAAGAGGAGGACCUGACUGCUGCUCCUCGCCCAGCCAGCACCCGUGUGGACUGGCAAGCCUUCUGCUGCCAGCUCCUAACUCAUAGCGGUGCAGCCCUUUGCGGUAACCUGUACAGCUCCCCUUGAACCUGGGACCCUCCGUCCUUCACUGUGCAUCCCCACAGGACCCCCAGUGCCUCUCUGUGGGCUGGGGUGCCACUGUCAGUUCCCUCAGCCUGUCUGCAGAGCCUGAGCCCUCCCACCACCCUGCACCAGACCUGGCUCCUGUGAUGAGACUCCCCCUGCCAGCACUGCCAGGGGACCAAGAAGAGAGGACCCUGUGGGGAUGGGCUUUUACAGCUGGGACUGAGCUGGCUCAGCCAUGAAAGCCACCCUGAGGACCAAUGGAUGAGAGGAAGGAGACCUAGAACCCACAGUGCUGCUGUGCCCAGGGUACUUGGGAGUUUGGUGAUGGUGGUCUCUAGGGACUUGCAACCCAGGGAGGAUGCAGUGCCUGAGGUCUUCAGGAGAUGCUUCAUGGCUGCUUUACAUCCAGAGCAGGCCAAUGUGGAGCCUGAGGUGGUUUUGGGAAGGAGGUGGGAGAGGAAAAGAGCCCCCAUCCCACACCAGAGCCCUGUCCCAUUGCCAGCUGAGCUCCUGAGCCAUGCAGUGGGCAAGUGAAGCCAGAGCCUGGCACAGCGGCAAUUUCCAGCUCACCUGUGGUAUUGCUGACAGGAGCACACCCAUGCUAACCAGGCUGAGCAGCAAAGGGAAAUCACAUGUUUUCUGUGGCAAAGAUGACAACUUCUUUUUCCAAGCUGCCUUCCCCAGUUUUCAGCUUCUCUGUCUAGCAGAGGCACCAGCAAGGAAAACUCUGUCCCAAGAGCUUCACAGCAAAGAGACGGGCUGAGGGCUGUUCCCCCUGGCAGGGGCUGCUGCAAACACUCCGAGGAUGGCUCAGUACACUGACAGGCUGGGGGUCCCUGCUUGGGUGUUCUCUGCCCCAUGCCACCCAUGUGCACCAUGUGGCUGUGGAAAUCCCGUGGGCUGUGCUCCUUCCCUGUUUUUUUCCAGUCCCCAGCUAAGGAGCCGGCCGCAACAUCUAUCCCCCUGCAGCAAAGUCAUUUAUUAACUGAUUAAUUAGCCAGAUAAAAUCCAACUGAAGUAAUUAUUAGCCUAAACAAGUCACCUCGCCGGGAGAUUGAAAACUGAAAUAAUUAACAAAAUAGCCGUGUUGCUUCUCA